CGUGCCUCGUGCCGUCGUGCGCUCCCUGAGGUCCCGAUCCGGCAUUCCGGCGUCGCGCCGAUGGUAUGCCAACCUUGCUCUCGAAUUUUGGCGACCCCACAUUCCCACGGCGCUUGAAGAAAUCCUAGCCCCGUGCUGCCGCGCUGCAGACGGCACGCACGGCAUCCAUGGAGAACGACGCGAAGGAGGCGAGGCAGGGGCAGCACAGGGUGUUCCCGUGGGGGAUGCUCAAGGUGUUCCUGCUGCUCGGCUUAGGGCUGUCCGCGGCCGGCGUGCUCAUGGCGCGUCACGGGCACGAGGUGGCGGCGGCCACGCUGUUCCGGCCGUGGCUGGGCGUCUCCCCCACCGCCGCCGCCGCGGAGGGGCUGGAGCACUCGAUGACGGACGAGGAGCUGCUCUGGCGCGCGUCGUUCGCCCCGGGGGUGCGGCGGUACCCGUUCCGGCGCGUGCCCAAGGUGGCCUUCAUGUUCCUCACGCGCGGCCCGCUGCCGCUGGCGCCGCUCUGGGAGCGCUUCUUCCGGGGGAACGAGGGGCGCUACUCCAUCUACGUCCACGCGCUGCCGUCGUACCGGGCCAACUUUACCUCCGAAUCCGUCUUCUAUCGACGCCAAAUCCCCAGUAAGGUUGCUGAAUGGGGUCAGAUGACCAUGUGCGAUGCUGAGAGACGUCUACUUGCCAACGCUUUGCUGGAUAUAUCCAACGAAUGGUUUGUGCUUGUGUCCGAGUCAUGCAUUCCUAUAUUUGAUUUCAACACGACGUACCAAUACUUUCUCAACUCGAGCCAGAGCUUUGUCAUGGCUAUUGAUGACCCUGGACCAUAUGGACGGGGACGGUAUGACUGGAACAUGACCCCUGAGGUUGAUGUCACACAAUGGCGCAAAGGAUCGCAGUGGUUUGAAGUAAACAGGGAAGUUGGCAUCGAAAUUGUGAAGGACACGGUCUAUUACCCCAAGUUCAAGGAGUUCUGCAGGCCUAGUUGCUACUCUGAUGAGCACUAUAUCCAAACAAUGCUCUCAAUUGAAACUCCGCAGAGCCUAGCUAACAGGAGUGUCACCUGGGUAGACUGGUCUAGAAUUGCUGCGCAUCCAGCAAGGUUUGGCAGGGUUGACAUCACGGAGGAAUUCUUGAGGGAAGUUCGAGAGGGACAGACCUGUCUGUACAAUGAGAAGAAUUCAACGUUGUGCUUCUUGUUUGCUCGGAAGUUUGCUCCAAGCGCACUGGAGCCAUUGUUAGAGUUAGCACCCACUGUCCUUGGUUUUGGAUAACGCAUGUUUUUUUAGAGAUUUGCUGGUUGAAUGUGACUUGAAUUUAAUCUUACAAUACAUAAAGGGGGCUUAGGCUUAUUAAGGGGAUGUUUGGUUUGAAGAACCAAUCUAUUCUAAUGAAUUGGUGUAUCAUAAGCUCGUUCCAC